AUGACGCGGGAGCAGUUAUACCGCGAGCGUAAGCGUUGGGUGGAAGCAGCGGAUGGAGCCAGCGGGCGGGAUCCAACACGUGGUACCGGCGGCCGGCAAUGGAAAGGACCGGAGGACCGCUUUCCGGCAGCCACAAAACGGACGAAAAGUGAAGGGGGCAAAGCCACCGAGAAAAGGUAG